CCUUUUCUUAAUUUUGAAAUACUAAGAUAAAACUUAUAGAAAAAUUCCAGAAAUUGAAAUUAUAAUUAGAAAUUAUAUUAAACAUCACCGUGUUGACUUCGUAUUGCUCCGGCAACUGUUGUUAUUACUUUCCUCGGAGAAUAAACAAUUUGCAAGUCCCAACAGAGUAAACAAAGAAAGAUGGAUUCUCUCAAAAUGUUCAAAGGUUACGGCAAAAUAGAACGCGAUCACAACGGAAUCGAAGAUCAGCAACCAAACCCUAAAUCCCAAAUCUCAAAACCCGUAAUCACCACAACAAUUUCCGUCUUCGCAAUCCUUUCCAUCACUCUAACUCUCGCCUUCGCUAUCGCAUCCAUUGCGCACCACCAAGCCACUGAGUCACAACACCUUUCCAACUCGGCCGACUCCAUCCGAUUCGUCUGCAACGUCACGCGCUUCCCCGCCGCGUGCCUCGCUGCCAUCCCGCCCUCCGCCAACGCCACCGAUCCCCAAACCAUCCUCGCCCUCUCGCUCCGCGCCUCGUUCCACGCGCUCCAGAGCCUCGCGUCGUCGCUCCGCGGGACGAAGGGAGGUGCACUCGCCGACUGCAAGGACCAGUUCGACGACGCGCUGAGUCGACUCAACGACUCGCUGUCGGCCGCUGCGGCGCUGACCGACAAAGCAGUGAGCGACGUGCAUACGUGGGUGAGCGCGGCGGUGACGGACCAGCAGACAUGCCUGGACGGACUGGAAGAGGCGGGUGACGCGGCGGGCCUUGAGAAGAUGAAGAAAAUGAUGACGAGGUCCGAGGAGUAUAUGAGUAACAGUUUGGCUAUUGUUGCUAAUAUUCGCGAUUUGUUAAGCCAUUUCAACAUGAAACUCCAUUGAAGCUUUCAAAUCGUUGCAUUUUUUCCACUUGAAAUAGGGUUUGGAAUUUGUGUGUAAAUAUGUGAUCCUUAAUUAAUAGUGUCAUAUUGUAUUCUGUUGUUUCAAAUUUUAAUUAAGUUCUUUCCCUUCAUCAUAAUCACAAUUUAUUCUUUCUUCAUGAUAAAUCAUCUACUUAUUCAACUAUUUAUGUCUUAAAUAUAAUUAUUAGUCAUCUUAUAAAUAAGAACUUUAUAAACAAUUUCAGAGUGUGAAAUCCUAUAUAUUACAUUAUGAACUCUUUGAAUAAUAAAAUUGAAUUCUUGCUACUUGAGUUGUUACUUGCUACUUUUGUGCUAGUUAUUACUAAUUAACAUUAUAUUUCAAAGCAUAUAUGUUUUUACUCAUUUGUCCUUUAUUUUAUUAUUACGUAAAAUUAUUCUUUUACAUCAAAUUCAUAUCUUCUGUUAACACCUUUUGAUAAGAUUUAGCAGGUUAUUCUUAUUGAUGAUGGAAAGCCACUCACAUCUUUUGCCAAUUCUAUCAAACAGUCUACAAAGCAUAAGUGUUCUAAGACACUCCUCCUAGUCAAGAUCACUUGUAUAUGCAGAAUUCACUAACUCUGCUACCCUUUCACCAAGCUCUUUUACCUCUUUCUGAAGCAUACUGAUGUGAGAGCAAGUUUCCUUUAUGAUCUGCAUCAUGCUCACUGAUACCUGCAACAAAACAUAGAUAAGAUUUUAUUGAGAGAAUGAAGAAACUUUCAUUCUUUGAAAUUAGCAUUAACUGCCAUUGUGAGCUGUCAUACCCUUGAGUUGCUUGUUUGGUUUUGUUGUGGCAACAGUGCUUGUAGCAUCAACAACAGAUCAUUAAUAUCACUUUCUCUGAAUUUUGAA